AUGGCCAGCUUUCAACCGCCGCAGCGUCGUCGACAACCCGCCUCCUCCACGCACGGCAACAUGUCCGACACCGACUUUGACGACGACCCUCCACGUCCUCUCCCCUUCGCCGCCGAAUUGUUCCCCGGGCAGCCGCGGUCCCUCGCCGGCAUUGCCCUGCGCGCCUUUUGCCUUGGCGCCGCCGCGUCCUCCGCACUGCUUCUCACGAUCCUGACGCUCCUCUUCUCCAACUCGCCCGUCUGGCGCGCGCCAUUUUUCCUGCUGGCUCUGUCGACAUUUCACUUCCUCGAGUUCUGGGUUACCGCGCGCCGUAAUACGCUCGUCGCGACGACCGACAGCUUCCUGCUGACAGCCAACUGGCCCGCCUACGCCAUCGCCCACGCCGCCGCGUUUGCCGAAUGCCUCGUCGUCUCCGUCGUCUUCCCGCGUCGUAGCUGGGGGCUCGGCAGCCUUUGCCUCGCUCUCGGACUGGUGCUGGUCGCGUUGGGUCAGCUGGUGCGCUCGGCGGCCAUGCUGCGCGCUGGGGCCAGCUUCAACCACCAGAUCCAGUGGCAAAAGGCAGACUCGCACACCCUCGUCACCACGGGCGUUUACGCCUGGCUGCGACACCCAAGCUACUUUGGCUUCUUCUACUGGGGCCUGGGGACGCAGCUUGUCCUGGGCAACGUGGUAUGCUUCUUCGCCUACGCCGCGGUGCUAUGGUACUUUUUUAGCCAGAGGGUCCGCGUCGAGGAGGCCAAGCUUGUCGAAUUCUUUCAGGAUGACUACGUGCAGUAUCGUAAGCGAGUCGGUACGUGGAUGCCAUUUAUCUAG